AUAAUAGAUAUAAAUUAAAUUAAAUUUUCCAUUUCUUACUCAUAAUAUACUGUAAAACAUUAUCACUUUUUGCUUACCUUUACAAGCAAACCUGAAAAGAAACACAAGGCAACUCUGAUUGGUAUAAAUUUGGUGUUGCAGCAUAUUCAAUGGAUAUUCCUUAAAAAUAAUCAAACGAAUUGGUAAAACAAACGUGUGGUCUUCGAGGCCUUUAAUAAACUUUUAAAAGUAAUACAAAAAUUUUUAACAAGCAAAAAGUCGUUUAGAAUAAGGGAAAGUGCAAUUAGUGAUUUUAUUUUAUUAAAAAAUACAAUCAAUUUGGUGUGGCAUAUUGGGGCGCUAAAGUGAAUUUGCGUCACAAGAAACUCGUGUGAUAAACAGCAAAAAAAAACAAUAAGUUAAUAACGCACAAAAAAUAUUUUUGUAAAAUAGUGUGGUUGUCCGGAAUUUCCUUUUGUCAAAAUAUAUUCUAAACUCGUAAUAAAACAAGUGUCUAACCCCUCCCAUUCAAACGAUAACAUUCCAAUUUGUUUAGGAGAGGGGUGUCGCAGGCAAAGCGAUAGCAAACUAGUCGUGUUGGUGAGUCAUCCAAGAUAAAAUCGCAGCGCAUACCGCUCAAACAAAAGCAAACCACAAACACAGUAGCGACGAGUGACAGCAGCAACAGUUCCAAGGCCUCGUACAUAUUUCGUGUUGACAAUAAGCAAAACAGCUGAAGAUACUAUAGCCGCGCACUUACAUACAAUACAAAUUACUAGAGUGACGUCAUCACUUUGCGUGCAGCCCACAUUCACACACAACAUAAGGAUUUUACUAUGAAAACCACUAUCAGUGCAACAACAACUACCAACACAGCUGUGACGGGUAACAGCACCGCAACGUCGGUUAAUAUCUUGCCCAAAACGGAACUAAACGAUAUCAAUUUAACUUUUCAAACACCAAACGCCGCUGCACCUAGUAGCAAUAACACCAGUGUGAAUACGAAUAAGCGGCCUAUUUCCUUAGAUUUGAAUAAAAUGGCGGCAAAGAAACAACGUUUGGUCACACCGCUUAGUAUUGAUUCGCCCAAUUUGGAUAACAUGAAAACCAUAAAUACGCCUGACAUUGAGAAAAUGUUACUAAGCAACGUAAUGCCGACACCACAGCCUGGUGUGAUCUUCCCCAGCAAAACCAGUACGGUUACUUCCGAGCAGGAAGCAUAUGUGAAGGGUUUCGAAGAGGCGUUGAGUAAUUUGCAUCAAAGCAAGAAGUCACAGGCCGCCCAGAUAACGACUAGCAGUAGCAGUAAUGUGGUGACGGCCGCGCCGACAACAACCGCAAGCGUGGUGGGCACGGGCGUUAGUGGCGGCUCCUUUACCUACACUAAUCUAGAAAACUUCCCCGUUGCUAUUAAAGAUGAGCCACAAAACCCCGGUUCGCCAGCGGCGCUCAGUCCCAUCGAUAUGGAAACACAAGAGAAAAUCAAGUUAGAGCGCAAACGACAGCGCAACCGUGUGGCCGCAUCCAAGUGCCGCAAACGCAAGCUAGAACGCAUUUCCAAGCUAGAGGAUAAAGUUAAAAUGCUCAAGGGUGAGAACUUUGACUUGGGCGCAGUGGUUAAAACAUUGAAGGAUCAUGUUGCGCAACUAAAAGAGCAAGUGAUGGAUCACUUUAACUCCGGUUGCACAAUCUCCAUGUUAACGGAGCAGCAAAUGUUGGCAAGCAAAUAACAUGAGGACACCAUUGUAGGCGCGCGGAAGUUAGAACAUAGACAAAAACCGGAAACGCAACUGCAUAAAUUCGAGUUAAAAUCAGGGAAUGGUGGUCUUAUCUUGGAGCGUGAUAACCGUACGAAAAUAUUGGAUUUGAAAAUAAAAAAUGCUGACAAACAACAACAAAAACAUUACAAUCAAUUGAAAUUGGCUCGUAACACGUUGCAACACCAGCAAGACGAAACUGAGGCAAAUACAGAUUUAUCGGAUUUACAACUCAAUAAUAGCAUAAUCAAUGUGAUUGAACAGCACAUGCCCAUUGAGUUAUUUAUGGAGACGCCACCGUUGACCGGUGAUUGCUCAUCGACGCAUUCAACCAACUCGAUGUGCUCCACUGGUGGCAUUAGUGGUGAUGCUGAGCUACCGAACAACAAUCAACAAACAACGACCAAUGCCGCUGAGCUCGCGCUGGAUGCGAGCGCAACAACACAAACUAUGACAACGGACAUGAAUGACGAUUUCAACGCCAAUAUGGAAAAUGACGGCGAACGGCCACUUGUUCUUGUUAUUAUCACGGAUUAUGAUAUGCAACAAUAAGCAAUAAAUACAGCUAACGAAAUGUGUGCUUUUGAAACCAGUAAAUAAUCUAGCUUAUGUAUUAAUGCUUUUAGCAGCGAAGUGCCUUUAUCAAAAAGCCAUAACAAUUGCCUCAGCAAACGGAAAGAUUUAAAUUUAUAGACGUGAUUUUGUAUUUUGUAGACGUUUUCCGCUAAAAAUUGCCUUAUAAAAUUCUAAUUUGCCCUGCUUUCAAUAACUACUUGUAGAUGUAAGAUAAGGAAUAUUUUGAUAAUUUGCAUGUUUAUAAGACAUAACUAUAUUUUUUUGCUUUACAAUAAUUUAUGUGCUAGCUUUACUAAUGGUAAAUUAAAAUUUAUACAAAACUUCUAGUUAUAAGGUUUCCCCCAAAAAUUUAUAUUAACAAAAAUUAUAUUUAUAUGUAUAUUUGCAAAAUAAAUUCAUGAAAGAAUUAUACAAAAAUGAUGACUGUUAUUAAUUUUAAAUGGAGGAAUUUUUUAUCUAAUUAUUCAUAAAAUUGUCCUCCAAAGCUGUCUAAACAAAUGAGAACUAAGAAAUAUUUAAAAACUAAACAAGCAAAAACAUUUACUCGGUAUCCUUCACAAAUAAUAAAAAUUUGCAUGCAAGAACUUGAUUUUGAUCGUGCAGUUUAUAUGGCAGCUAUAUGCUAUAGGAUUCAAUAUCGGCGAUUCCGACAAAUGAGCAGCUUUUUAGGGAAUAAGAAAAUAAUAAUAAAAGGGGAAUCUAUCGAUAAUUGUUAAUCGAUAUAUAUCGAUUUUAAUUUUAAUCGACAAAUUGGCGAUUCUAACCUAACUUUGCGUAACGCAUUAAUUUAGUCCUAAAAUUUUUAAUUAAAAUAGCAUGUUUUAUUAAACGAUUUCCGACAAAUUUUAAUUAUACUACGCAAUGCAAUGAAAUAAAUAUGAAUAUACCAUAUAUUAGGGCAGUUUAUUAUUAUUUUUCAAAAAUAUGUUUACAAUUUUCGUUCGUAUUUUAAGAAGUUUGCUGUUGUUUUCCUUUAUUUCUCAUAUGUGUUUUUUUUUUAUUUUAAAUAUUUGCUUAGGAGCUUGUUUUAAUAGUAAGUUUGUUGCAUAUUCUUGAGAUGUUAUACAACUUAUUUUAAAUUAUUUUUGUUUUUCGAAAAUUAUAUGGUUUUCAAAAACCUAUUUGUUUAUGUCAAAAAUUAUUAUUCUUUUCAAAAAAUUAUUUUUUUUUUCAAAAAAUUAUUUUUUCAAAAAUUUAUUUAUUAAUUUAUUUAUUU